AAAGAGUUGCUUGCAAGAUGAAUUCAUUUCCAUUAUUAUAAACUAAAUUAGCAAUCUAGUUAUGAAAAUUACAAUUUUGAUCAUUCAAAUAUGAUGUUCGCCCUAAAAACUCUCUCGGGCACACCUCCCUAGGCGCCUCCUUCCUUUGCUCAGAUCUAGCUUCUCCUCCUCUCUCACCGGCCGUUUGUCGACGCUUCGCCUCUCCCCUCCUCCUUUACUCAGAUCUGCCUCCUUGCGUCGAGCCUUUCUCCGGCCUUUGGCCGUGAGAAAGGGCCGACACCUUUCUCCUCCGCGUCGUCUCGUCUUCAGUCUCUCCCAUCGUCUCGUCUUCAGUCUCUCCCAUCAUGUUGCUCCUUUGCUUCUCGUCGUCAAGCUGUUUUCACACAUCAUCUCGCCGUCUUGCCGUCUCCAUGACUCGUUGGAUGGUUGAUUUUAAAGCGAUGCGCCCUCCUCUGCUCUCCUCCGUCAUAUCUGGCUUGUCGUCGCCAGUGAGUCUUCCUCUCCUCCCUGCAAGGCUGCCCCUCAUUGUUUGUCAUCUGUUACCCAAAAGAUGCCUUUCUGCAGUUGGUUUUGGAGAUUUCGAAGCUCGCUUCUGUCGGACCACCACCAUGAUCGCUUUUCUCAGAGGGUUUAGCUCAUCCUCCGACAAUACCAUCUCCUUUCCUCUCCCGGUCCUCCAGGUUUGCUCCUGCUCUUCACUCUCUGUUUCCUCUGCUUUGGAAUGUUAUCGGAUGAUUGUUGAGUGGGUAGCUCUGGUUUUGUGGAAUCUGGGUUUGAUUUGUUAUGUCAUGAUGGUUUUGGUCUCCUUCGGUUCCACUCUUCUGCCCUGUAGUGGCAUACUUGUCGCCUUGGUGAGAUCUUUUACUGCGGUUUGCAGUGUCUUUACUGUGGAAUACAGUGUCCUUACUGCGGUAUGCAGUUUCUCUAUUGUACUCAAUCCGGUUUUUGGUGCUGUGAGUUUGUUUUCUUUCUUUUGGUGGCAGAUUGAAGAUGAAUCAAACAUUACGUCUCCUCCGGUGAUUCAGGUUCCAUCGGUGUUUGUAACCCUUUGGGUUGCAUUGGAUGCAGUCUUUCAAGAAGUUCAUGAGAUCGUUUUAGUUUUUCGAUUUCUUAUGGCUUUUUAUGAGUUGUAUUGUCAAUCUAUCUUUCGGCACUUGUUGCCUUGCUUUCAUGUAUUCUCCCUUUUGUUGGUUGUACUUUUUACUCUGUCGAUAGAGUUUGAGGCUUCUAAGUAAUGAAAAAAGUAUUUGUUUGACCAAAAAA